UUGGAGAGGGGAGAAGGCAAAUGGUGCCAUGGUGGACCCAUUGUCGACGAGGGUAGGUGUGAGCUGAAGACUGGUGUAUGAGAGGCAGGUGCAGUGACAGGGAUUAGAAUGAAGGCGCAGGGAGGUCUGUGUCUAUUCUGAUCCCGGGUUGUGAACGGAGGUGAGGGCGGCGGGUCCCACUGCCCAACAGGAGCAAGUCAGUUACACCCGAGGCCUUGAUAGCGCCGGCACUGUCCCUUCCUCACAGACUCGUAGAGUCACACUGCACGGAAACAGGCCUUUCGGCCCAACUUGCCCAUGCCCACCAAGAUGCCCCAUCAGCACACAUCCUACCAGCCCGCGUUUGGCCCAUGUCCCCCUAUCCUUUCCCAUCCACGAACCUGUCCAAACUGCGUUUCAAUGCAGUUAUAUCUGACCUAAUCCACCUGCUCUAGUCGUUUGCUUCAUACACCUACCACUUUCGAUGUGAAAAGUUAUCCCUCGGAUAUCUAGUAAAUGUUUCCUCUCUCAACUUAAACAUAAUUCCUGUGUUACUUGAUUCCCCUAAAAAGUCUGUGUAAAAAGACUCUGUGCAUUCACCCCAUCUAAUUCCGUCAUGAUCGCAUACACCUUUAUCGGAUUACCCCGCAGCCCCCUCCGCUCCAAGGAAUAAAGUCCUACCGUGCCCCACUUCGGCCUUUCGCUCGUGACCUCGAGUCCUGGCAACAUCCACGAAAAUCAUUCCUGCCCUCUUUCCAGCUAUCUGUUCUGCCUUCGACGGCCGCAAGCCCUAUUCAGGGCUGUUUAACAUAGAAACAUAGAAACAUAUAAAAUAGAUGCAACAGUAGGCCAUUCGGCCCUUCGAGCCUGCAUCGCCAUUCAAUAUGAUCAUGGCUGAGCAUCCAACUCAAUAUCCUGUACCUGCCUUCUCUCCAUACCCCCUAAUCCCUUUAGCCACACGGGCCAAAUCUAACUCCCACUUAAAUAUAGCGAAUAAACUGGCCUCAACUACCUUCUGUGGCAGAGAAUUCCAGAGAUUCACCACUCUCCAGGUGAAAAAUGUUUUCCUCAUCUCGGUCCCUAAAGGUUUCCCCCUUAUCCUUAAAAUGCGACCCUUUGUUCUGGACUUCCCCAACAUCGGGAACAAUCUUCCUGCAUCUAGCCUGUCCAACCUCUUAAAAAUAUUGUAAGUCUCUAUAAGAACCCUCCUCAAUCUUCUAAAUUCUAGCGAGUACAAGCCGAGUCUGUCCAGUCUUUCUUCAUAUGAAAGUCCUGACAUCCCAGGAAUCAGUCUGGUGAACCUUAUCUGUACUCCCUCUAUGGCAAGAAUGUAUUUCCCCAGAUUAGGAGACCAAAACUGUACGCAAUACUCAAGGUGUGGUCUCACCAAAACCCUGUACAGCUGCAGUAGAACCUCCCUGCUCCUAUACUCACUUCCUUUUGCUAUGAAUACUAACAUACCAUUCGCUUUCUUCACUGCCUGCUGCACCUGCAUGCCUGCUUUCAAUGACUGAUGUACCAUGACACCCAGGUCUCGUUGCAUCUACCCCUAUCCUAAUCGGCCACCAUUCAGAUAAUAGUCUACUUUCCUGUUUUUGCCACCAAAGUGAGUAACCUCACAUUUAUCCGCAUUAUUCUGCAUCUGCCAUGCAUUUGCCCACUCACACAGCCUUUGCAAGUCACCUUGCAGCCUCCUAGCAUCCUCCUCACAGCUAACACUGCCCCCCAGCUUCAUGUCAUUCUAAUAUAAAUAAUAUCUAAAUGACCCCUAUCUCGUGUGAGAUUAGUUGGAAGCGGCCACAACACCUUCACAUUGAGUACUUCAUUCAUUCCCCGAGACGGCAGCGUGUGCUGUAGACACUCGGGAUACUGCAGGGGUUCAGCAGUUGCGCCGAAGGGAAUGACUUUUGAACCAGGAAGUGGCGGACAUAAAAUGGCUUCGAAAGUUAGGUUCGAGAGCUGGACAGAGGAGGCAAUUUGUCCGAUCUGCCUGGAUUUCUUCACCGAUCCGGUGUCACUGGAGUGUGGGCACAACUUCUGCCGCUCCUGUAUCACACAGUGUUGGGACAGGGAGGGGAGAAACUCCUGCCCGGAAUGUAGAGAGGUGUUUACAGACUGCACCCUCAGGGUGAAUCGGGCCUUGGCGAGACUGUCUGAGAAAGCUCGAACGCUGAGCCUGAAUCGGACAGAGAAAGAAAGUAAACUUCAGUGCGAGGAACAUCAGGAAGAACUGAAGUUGUUUUGUGAAACGGACAAGAAGCUGAUCUGUGUGGUUUGUGCAGCUGGGCGGGAACACAGAGAUCACCGCUUCAUGCCGGUUAAAGAAGCUGUUCAAAUAUACAAGGUAAAUGCAAACUGAUUGUAAUCACAUCAUUUUAAUUCCUUAUUUAUCGUCCAACAAUUUAAUUAUCUGAUUUUCAAACACAAUCCCAGGAUCAGUUGAAAUCUUCCGCCCAGUACUCACAAAAAAGAAAUCAGAAA